CCUUUGGGUAGCAGACCAUUUACGUUUUGCUUCAGUGAGCCACACAGUUCGGAACGCGCGCGAGGAAGAAGACAGCCCUCGUCUAAUCUUUUUACUCAAACCAAGCGUUGUUCUCUUUCGCUCGUUUCAGAUACAAUGAAUUGCUCGCAGCAGUGUUCAAUGAAAGGAACCCUUGAUAUCUUUAUACACUUGCACUUCAGGCUAUAUAUAGUGUGUGCAAAGAAAUUUUAGAUAAAAGCUACAACUAUCAGGGAAAUUUAUAUCUCGUUGGAACAACAUCUUCGGACCACCAGCCAAUCGAGACUAUCAAAAGUCCAGAUAGCGUUUACUGAUGGCGGAGAAUUUUAAAAUUACAACUUUAACUGUAGAUCUGCAUUAUGUACUGGUAAGUAACACCCAAGCACCGCGGUCCCCAUCCCUACCAUCUCAAGUGAAUUCAUUUAGUAAAUAGUAUUAAUAAACUUGGUCUAGCUUGUGACAUUGAUAUUCGGCUGCAGAAAAAAAGCGGUCCUAAAAGCUUGACGUGAGGCGAGGUCCACUAUUAUGCCGCAAAUUUUUAAUCAAAUAAUUGAAACACAAUUAUAUUAAAAUUAUAUUUGUUUCAGAAAUGAAUUCAUUAGGACUUGCUAUGACCACUGGUGCAAAAACGCAGUUAAAUUUUAUCGUUUCAUGACCAAAGCGGGCUUGUGCAAAAUUAUUUAUUUAAAAUUAAUUAUUUAUAGUGCAGAAAACAAUAACGUCGUUAGUCAAAAAUAGCGCCAGGAUAUUGCGCGAGGCGGUUUUAGCAUAGAGCAAGAGAAAACAAUAUAAUAUUCGGUAAUUAAAAUCAUUUCUGCACAUAAAAACAACCUGCGCGUUAAAAAAAAAAAAAAAUUAAACCGAUUAGACAAGGUGCAAUGAAUUUCUGCUCUGUUGUUUUUGGAAUUGCUUAGUCAUCAGCCGAUGAAGGCUAUCGAAGGCCAUCGAAAAUCGGAAAUACUUAUCAAAUUAUUGGUUGAAAUACUAAUUCGCCGACGUGAUAGUGGUGUAGCGGCGAUGAGAAAAAGAGACAUUUCGUAUACGUGUCUACUUGAAGGUUUAGGUACUCCUUUCAAUCUAAGGCACAAAACUGUCAUUUCUCUCCUCUAAAGAGCGCCUGCCUUAGCGAUAUAAAAUGCCAAGCCGUUUUGGAUCUACAAAUUCCCUGCUGGUUUGGUUCGGUUUGAUGACAACCAUAGCAAUAGACACAAGUAGAACUGCUAUCUGUCCAGGUGAAGGUAACAUCACAGAUUCACGAGGAACCUUGCAGAGUCCGGGCUACCCAAAGGCUUACCCAAAGAGCACAGUUUGUGUUUGGGUCAUAACAGCUCCACGAGGCGAAUACGUGAGGCUUCUGAUAAAAGCAAUAGACUUAGAAUACUGCGUUCUGUGCCAUUGUGAUUAUGUGGAGGUGAGAGAAGGAGCAAGCGCCGAUGGUCAGCUUAUUGGCAGGUUUUGCAAUCAAAAGAGGACAACUGUUUAUUCCGAGGGAAGACAGUUGUGGGUGAAAUUUAGAUCAGACAUGGCGUACCAGCGAAAGGGAUUCUCCGCAAGCUUCUCGAGGAUAAAAUUACGAAAGAAAGAGCCAAUCUUUCUUCACGCCAAUGAUACGUCUGGAUUCAUCAAAAGUUCCAAUAACCCAGCCGUUUGUGGCUCCGGCAGACAGUGCACCUGGGUAAUUUUCGCACAUGAAGGGUACAAUGUGCAGCUCGCACUGGGAUUAUUUGAAUUUCCGUCGUGUUUUGGAUCGUACAUAGAAAUCAGGGACGGCCCUAGAUGUUCAAGCCAACUCAUUGGAACGUUCUGUGGUGAUGAGAGGCCUCCACCUGAUCUCUGUUCUUUAGGAAACAGUUUAUACAUAACAUUUAAAUACAACUCCACAAGAGACUUACAAAUGAACCGUUUUGAGCUGUUGUACAGAGAGGUCCAGUGCACUAAGCAAGCACAAAAGAACCUAAUAUUUACUGAGCCAGUGAACUCUGAACACUGGAGAAGCAUGGCUGUUGGAAUCGCCUGUACAAGUUUCUUUCUUUUCGUAGUUUUAGUGGGCUGUUUUCUUAAGAUUGCCAGCAAUCAUCGCUUUGCAGGUUUAGAGCGUGCGACUUCACAGAUCGAGUUGAAUCCAUUCGAGUCCUCCAUCACCGAGGAAACUACUCUGUGCAAUGACGGGGAACAAUUAAGUUGACAUUUAACAAAAGAAGGACAAGAUACGGUAAAAAGACGAGACAGAAAAGAUUAUUAACUCAUCUUCACUUGGCCAUGUCAGGACUGUUAAUGAGUCGAAGGAUUGAUAUGACACUCCAUUUGAAAGGCCGGAAGAAGGCGACAGUGAAUGUAUGAAACUAAAUUAAGAAAGAAGUUAUUUUGAAAGUGCGCGAUGGAACUUUAUACUGUGCUGUUGAUUGCACUUUACGUUGACAGUUUGCAGCGAGAAGUGGCUUCUCUGAUAUGUGUAUAUUGUGCUCUGCUCCC